GUCUUUUAUUCCGAGUGCGAUAAGUCAGAAAUCGAGGCCUCAGUCACUGAUAAGAUAGCUGUUGCUGAUAAUGUGCUUUUCCACUGAUACAGCGUACCUGUUGAAUCAUUUCCUACUGUGAAAUAGCCAAAGAGUGGCUCAAAAUUAAUUUUCUCUCCACUAAAGCGCAAUUCGAAAAGGAAUUUUUGGAGAGUAAAAGUACCUCAGAUAGUUUUCCAUCUCAAAUAUGAUUAGUUGUGAGUUUUAAAUGUGGUUUUGUGGGUUUUUUGAGUGGAAAAGUUGUGAAAAGAAGUGGUUUUGCUGAGAGAGAGAAAAAUUUUCGACACGCCCUGAAAACGUGAUAAGUUGAAGCUUCGUGAAAAUUUAGCCAAAAUGAGGAUAGAGACUGUGUUUUUCCUGCUCCUCCUGGCACUUUCUGCCCAUGGAGCUGACAAAAAUAACACAACCGAUGGAGAUUCAAAAAAAGAUACAGCCAAAGACUCUAGUGUUAUAUGCUCUUCUUGCAUUUGUGACAAAGAAUCCAAUCUUCUGGAUUGCAGCGAGAGAAGUUUCCGGGAUAUGCUAGAAGUAGAUGACUGGGUACCUCUAAAUAAGAGCUUUAGUGUCCAUGUUGUUCACUUUCCCAGGAACUACUUGACUAAGGUCACAGCUUUCCCUGAACUUCCCAUUCAAGAGCUGGAUCUAAGUCACAAUGAGAUUAAGAGCAUUGAGAAGAAAGCUUUCAAAGAGCUGAGAGAACUCGUCUAUCUGGAUCUCUCGAACAACCGUUUGGAUUCUAAUGCCAUUCAUCCUGAUGUCUUUGAGGGUCACUAUGACCCUGAUGAAUUUGAACCCCUGAACAAGUUGAGAACACUCAAGCUCAACAACAAUAAUAUUCAUACGCUAAAAUCUGAGAACUUUGAGCACUUGCCGCAUUUAAGAACGCUCAGUUUGGCGGGAAAUCCCUUCCAGGUGAUUGAUUCUCAAUCCGAAAUGGCUAUUACGAGUAUUCGUUACUUGGAAGUUCUGGACCUGAGCAUGAUGGAAUUGGGAUCAAUUCCCACGCAUCUCCUCCAUUCUCCACGUGCCCUAAAAACUCUCAAUUUGACGGAUAAUUUGCUAACUGAGAUUCCCGAGGCCUUGACCUUUGCUAAGAACUUGGAGAAUCUGUAUCUGGACAAUAACUUGAUCCCUCGUUUGGGCACCAAUCACACAAAGUUCACCUUGAUGCCCACAAUGCAAUUCCUCAGUGUCUCCUACAUGCCUCUUCUUGAGCGCGUUGAACAUGGAGCUUUCAGUAAUCUUAUUGGGCUAAAGACUCUGCGGCUUAGUGAGAAUCCCAAACUAAACUUCAUCCACGCUGAUGCCCUCAGUCGCCAAGGUACUGAGGAUAUUUCACGGGAGGAAUGGCCAGAUCUUACGCAUCUUUACCUUCACAACAACAACCUCACCACAAUUGAUAUGAUGCUCCUGGCCAAUUGGAAUCAUCUCGAAGUCUUGGAUAUCCGCAACAAUCCCUGGCUCUGUGACUGCAGCAAUCAGUGGAUGGUUGAUCAGUUGCUGGGAAAGCUCCAUGGGGACACUGAACGUCUACUCGAGGAUGUGGUUUGUCAGUAUCCCAUUGAGAUGCGAGGAACAAAGAUGAUUGACCUAGAGAACACGCAAUUGAGAUGUGUGGAUAAAUAUGGCCAUCGUCCUGAACACGAUGGAGUAAUUCUCAUGGGAAUGCUGAUAGGGAUCCUCGUGGGCAUUCCCAUUUCUCUCAUGAUUGUGCUCAUCUACCGACGCGGAUGCUUCGGAUUGCUGGCUGCUCGUGGUCCAGCUGACUACUCCCGUGCUUUCUACAAGAGGGCUGGUCAAGAUGACAUGUACUUCUGAAGAUACACUUCCGACAUCAUCCCUCGAUAGCUCACUUCAACAUUUUCUCUGUCAUAUCUUUUGUAUUUUUGGGGCUAGUGCUUCUUUUUUUCAAUGAAACAUUUAAAUAAAAUAAUUAUUUUACUCUAAAA